UCCCGGCUUGAAACGCGUGUUUUCGUCCCUAUAUAUAUUGUAAACCUACUGGGUUUCUCUGAGUUUUUUUGCUUAUAAAAAAACCGUCUGUUUCCAAUCAAGUUACUUUAAACCAAAAGUAAAGAAGAAGUAGCAAUAAAAUAAGCCAUUUUCUCAGUUCGAGUAUUCUGCUGCCAUGUUGCAUGUUGCUAUCAUGCUAUUUUUGUAAUAACUAUUAGUAUAUUAGAUUUUAAUCCUGAUUUGCACCUACAGCAUCUGAAAUAUAAACUAAAAUAAAUCCACAAAAUGUUACAAUUAGCGAGUCCAAAGAAUAGAACAAAGGAGAUACUAAAGAGGGCUCUGCGCCCUCAUCUGCUGUCUGCGGUGAAAAACGGAGCAACAAGAAGAGCAGAGGCACAAAACUCCAGGGCGACCUCCACACAGUCUGACGUAUCCAAAGCUGCUGGUAUAAAUGAAUUCACGGCGUCACCGAGCUCAGAUGAUUCGCAGUACCCGUGAGCGCACCCAGCUGUCAACACUCAUGGGCUACAGCUCCCACAACCCCCCUUACACACACACGCGCACAGACUCACACAACACCUUUGCGUCAUGCGUCCUGGGACCGACGGCACGAACGCGGUAACUCCGAUGGACCCCGGCAAAACGCACAGCUACAGCAGUGUGAGGGGCUGAUUGGGUCCUGCUUAUCUGACCAGCUGCGCGUCCCACGACUGCUCUGGGAAAGUUGCGCUCUCGGUGUGGUCGCAUUAUGGAUUUUAUAGCUGCAAGAGGCAACGGGAGCAACGCGACCAGCGGUUACCCUGACGGGGUGGACGUAGUUACCGACUGGGACGGGAGUGAGAAUGGCACAGGCUCUGGGGCUCCACCAGAUGUAAAGCUGAGUUACCAGAUUAUCACUUCUCUGCUCUUGGUGGCCCUCAUCCUCUGCUCCAUAUUUGGCAACGCGUGCGUUGUGGCUGCCAUCGCUCUGGAGAGAUCUCUCCAGAAUGUGGCUAACUAUCUGAUUGGAUCUCUGGCUGUGACAGACCUCAUGGUAUCGGUUCUGGUUCUACCAAUGGCGGCCCUCUACCAGGUUUUGAACAAGUGGACACUGGGGCAGGAGAUAUGUGACAUAUUUAUCUCUUUGGAUGUAUUGUGCUGCACAUCAUCCAUCCUGCAUCUGUGCGCAAUCGCCUUGGACAGGUUCUGGGCCAUCACAGACCCGAUUGACUAUGUAAAUAAACGGACACCGAGGAGAGCUGCGAUCUUGAUUAGCGUGACUUGGCUAAUUGGUUUCUCUAUCUCUAUUCCGCCUAUGUUAGGCUGGAGAAGUGCCGAAGACAGGGCGAACCCCGACGCGUGCAUCAUCAGCCAGGACCCGGGCUACACCAUCUACUCCACAUUUGGGGCUUUCUACAUCCCUCUCAUCCUCAUGCUCGUCUUGUAUGGGCGAAUAUUCAAGGCUGCUCGGUUUCGGAUUCGAAAGACGGUGAAGAAACCCGAUAGAUCAAAAGAGUCCGAGAAGUGCUUGACUGUGUCUCCGGCUAUCUUCCACAAGAAAACCAACGGGGAGGCCGGGGGAAAAGGCUGGAAGCGCUGCAACGAGUCGAAGCCCAGCUCUCCGUGCGUAAACGGCGCGGUGAAACACGGAGAGGAGGGCGAGUCACUUGAGAUAAUAGAAGUUAUCAGCACCUCCAAAACGCACCUGCCUCUGCCCAACACCCCUCAAUCCUCCUCGCAGGGCUAUGAGCACAUGAACGACAAGAACUCGGGGGCGAAGAGGAAGAUUGCGAUGGCGAGGGAACGUAAGACGGUGAAAACACUGGGUAUCAUCAUGGGAACUUUCAUUUUCUGCUGGCUGCCCUUUUUUAUUGUCGCACUUGUGCUGCCUUUCUGUGCAGAAAGCUGCUACAUGCCCGACUGGCUGGGGGCAGUCAUCAACUGGCUGGGCUACUCCAACUCUCUCCUCAACCCCAUCAUAUAUGCCUACUUCAACAAAGAUUUCCAAAGUGCUUUCAAGAAGAUCAUACGAUGCAAAUUCCACAGACCGUGACCACACACGACGAAAACAACGUUUGUGUUUACUCAAAAGUGGAGAGACUGAACUGACAGCAGGAAAUGUUCGUAUACUUUGGGGUGGGAGGGAAUCAAGACUUUUCAUUCAGGGACUGUGUCUUUUCAAAUGUGUGUUCGACCGUGAAAAAAAAAAAAAAAAUCAAAACCCGG